UCGAUGCGGACGCCCCGCUGGCUAAAAAAAAUAAAAACAUAUUUAAAAAAAUAAAAAUCGAAUCCCAAACCAAACUAAAAAUCAAAACUAAAAACGCCGUGACUAAAACAUGGCGUAAAAAUUUAGAAAAAAAAAAUAAAUAGAUUGUGUAUUUUUAUUGCGUGCGAAAAGAAUGUUCGAUAUUUGAAUUCAACAAGUGUCAAUUUUUAUAAGCCUGUCCCCUUUGUGAGUGUAGUUAAUAAAUGAGUGUGUUUUCGUUGAGUAGCUCUCUUGUUUGAGUCUAUAUUUUUUUUUCUUUAUGUAGGUCAACGUACCUGUUGCCGGCGUAUAUUGCGUAGGUGGAGGUAGUACGCGUCCUUACUACAUUGAAUAAUUUAUUAUAGAACCACACAUUCCCUCGUUUAUUACUAUCAAGUAUUGAUUUCCACCUAAAAAAGGUAUUACUGACUUCCCUUUGUUUGUAGACUGUGUCAUUAGUGCGUGCAAAAUAGCAAAAAAUAAUAACGUGUGUAAAAUUUAAAUUUAAAAUUAGUGUGGCGAAAAAAAAUUAAAUAGUUUGUGUUUAUUAGUGCGUGAUACAUUUAAAUUUCAGUAUAUAUUUUUUAUACAAUAAAAAUAGCUUUAAAAAUAAAUAAAAGUGAUUCAAAAUUAUACCCGGGUUUUUAAGAAAAUAAGUACAUAAAACCGGUUAAAAGUGGAUCAAAGCGUAUCGUAAGUGUUUCUAACCGCAUCGCUCUACUUUGAACAGAGUUUAACAACGCGACUCGGAAGAUAUACUAAUACUAGUUUCAUACCGCAUAUCACUAUUUUUCCGUGAAUUGAAAGCUUUUUUAGUGCCUAUAAUCCGAUUCACCCGUAUUAUUAAUCACAAACCGAUUAUACCCAGAUAAUAACCGAGUAAAACCCGAUUACACCCGGAUCUUAGUGAUAAAACCGGAUACAACGAAAAAAUCCGGAUAAAAAUGUGUGCUGGUGUCCGAGAUGAUGACCGGUGCUGAAUGUCCGGGAGUGGGAAUCGUCCGAACUUGAUGACGUCACAAUGCAAAACGCACGAAAUGUGGGCUGCAAUGACUCGGUCGAUUGAGAUAUUGGUCGCAUUCUUCGAGUACUAUGCUCAGAGAGCGCAAUUGGAGACCACCUCCACAAGCUCGCCGCAAGCGAAGUCCCCGGCGGGGAGCAGCGCAGGAGCAGCCGCCAGCGCGUCCACAGCCCCUGGCGAGCGCACGCCCACCGCGCACAACAAACAGCUGCAAAAUGUCAAGGGACAGGAACACCCGCCGCAUCCUUCCAUGGCGUUCCUCCAGAACCGGUCCAUCUCGCUGGUGGACAUGUACAUCGACAACUCUGAACCCUCGGAGAACGUCGGACAGAUCCACUUCAGCCUGGAGUACGACUUCCAGAACACCACCCUGAUACUGAAGAUCAUUCAGGGUAAGGACCUCCCAGCGAAGGAUUUGAGCGGGACCUCAGACCCGUACGUGAGGGUCACCCUCCUCCCGGACAAGAAACAUCGGCUGGAGACGAAGAUCAAGCGGCGGACCCUGAACCCACGGUGGAAUGAGACCUUCUACUUCGAAGGGUUUCCCAUUCAGAAGCUGCAGAGCCGGGUGCUCCACUUGCACGUGUUUGACUACGAUCGUUUCUCGAGGGAUGACUCCAUCGGGGAAGUGUUCCUGCCUUUGUGUCAGGUGGACUUAAGCGAGAAGCCGUCAUUCUGGAAGGCUCUGAAGCCUCCAGCGAAGGACAAGUGCGGUGAGCUGCUCACGUCUCUCUGCUACCACCCCAGCAACAGCGUGCUGACGCUUACCCUGCUCAAAGCACGCAACCUCAAGGCCAAGGACAUCAACGGAAAAUCUGACCCCUACGUGAAGGUGUGGCUGCAGUUCGGAGACAAGCGUAUAGAGAAGCGUAAGACGGCCAUCUUCAAGUGCACGCUGAAUCCGGUGUUCAACGAUUCUUUCUCCUUCAACGUGCCCUGGGAGAAGAUCCGCGAGUGCUCCCUGGACGUCCAGGUCAUGGACUUCGACAACAUCGGCCGGAACGAGCUCAUCGGCAGGAUACUGCUUGCUGGCAAGAAUGGCUCGGGAGCGACAGAGACAAAACACUGGCAAGACAUGAUCACCAAGCCGCGGCAGACCAUCGUGCAAUGGCACCGCCUCAAGCCGGAGUAAGAUGGUCAUUGUGGGUACGACGGAAUUUCAAGCCGAUACAUGACUGCAAUUUAGGAGCCUGGUUUUAGUUUGCGUUUGUAAGGUUUUUUAUUUUUCCGUUAUGCUAAGAAAUAGGAUGAUAUCUUUUUACAAAAAUUCGAGGUCUAAAAUGACUGCAUUGAAGCAAUUCAUCGAAAUAAACUAUACUGCAAUUUGAUAUUUCAAUUAUGCGCAGUAAGCGCGCAAUAUCAAAAUAUGACAAAUACCAAUAUUGAUGUUUAGAUGAGUUGCUUUAAUGUGGCCUUUUUACCCAGUGUUAACUUUUUUUGUAUUUUAGGAAAUAUCAGAAAUCAUUUUGACUAACUUAAUUUGGAAUCUAAAUCAGUAUUUUUUAUUUAGUAUCUUUUUAUAUUAAUAAAUAGAUGCACGUAUUUUUCAUAUUUGAAAACAAUCUCCACGGAGAAAGUCUAUUUAAUAACAAAAAUGGUGGGUUUUUAUUUUAAUGUUUGAAAUAAAAUUAACGUCGUAUCCUAAAACGUGAUGGAUGUCAACCAAAAAAGGAAAUUACCAAAAAAAGUUAAUACAAAACGUCAUAAGACUGAGUGGUUAACAAAAAAGGAACAGAAAAAAAAAUGGAAUCUCUUGUCUGAAACUAUCUUGCUCUGACGCUGCGCACCAUUUUAAUAUUUUAUUUAUGUUAAUUCCAAAAUUACUACUUUAAAAAUUUUAUUAAGUACAAUUUUUGACCCAUUUUAAAAUCCCCAAAAUAUGUUCAAUUAUAACUUUUAUAAUUUUUUACGUAAUUUUUGAAUGUUUAAAAAACGCACGUACCAACUUCGCGCAAAAAUUAAAUUGUGAUUCUUCCUGAAAUUGGAAUUUUCAAAUAAAAUAAUCAUUGCUCUGCAUUUUAAGGUUUCUUUCUUAUGCUAUCAAAAAAUAUUAUAUAUUUUCAAACGUAUUGUUUUUAAAUGUGUAAUAUUAUAUAAAAUGAAACUUAAAUAUUUUCUUGAUAGCCUAAGUCGGAAGCUUCUUCUCUUCUAUAAAUCAUUGACGUUUAAAAAAGUUGUAUCAUCAAUGUUAAGAUUUUAAUAAAAUUGUUAGUAAAAUGUAAAAUUAAUUGUUAAAAAGUAGAAUAUGUAUCUACGAGAAAAUGUCGAGUUCACAUCGCACAAACAUUGUAGUGUUAUUAUAUUUACUUUUUAAUAUUAUCAAGUUAUAAUAUUUUUGAUUGAAACAUGCUAGUUCGUUUUGCUCAAAACUGAAGUUAUUUAAAUCUUUUUCUGGUAAAAUGUAAACUGCAAUUUUAUUAACAACGGCGAAAUUUUUAUCAGCCUUUAUUUUUUUAUUUUGUAUUUUUAUUAGUAAUUUACAUAUUUUGGAAAGAGUUUUAAUCUUAAAAAGUUAUCGGAUUUUUUUUUUAACUUUUAUUAUAAGUAUACUUAACGAAAAAUCAAAUCGUUUUAUACAUCACCACAGAUAAAGUUGCAGUUUAUAUCGUACAUUUCAGUAUGCAAUUAAAUUAGUUUUUUUUAUAUCAUAAAACAUCUCGUAAUGAAAAACAAAAGUAAUAAAACAAACUGCCAAAUGUUAACAGCACAAUAACACAAAAAAUAUUUUUGAAAGUGUCAAAAAUGUCAAAUAUGGCGAUUAUAUAUUUUUUUUUAUUAAUGGAUUAGGUACGUACAUUCUAAAUUAAAUGUUAUAAAGUUAAGACAUAGGAUGGGUCGGUCAAUUUUAGAUGAUGAGUGGUGUAAAAAAAAUAAAAAUGUCAAGUCGAGAAUGAAAAGAAACGCAUGAUUUUUCAAAUCCACGGCGGAGGAAUAGGACUAUAUUUUUUUUUAAAUGAUAUAUUGUUAAACAAUAGAUUUGUAUGUAUAAAAAUAGAUUAAUAAAAACAGCUUGUUGUUACAUGUUAUGAUGCUUACAUCCAUAUUGUAGAAUUUGAUGUUGAAAUUAAAAAACCUUGAUAAUUCAAUAUUGUAUACAUUUGUAAAAGGUUUUUUAUAGUAAAACGUAGCGUAUUUGAUAGUACCCAUUGCGAAUAGUCGUACAUAAUUUUUUUUACCAUUAUUUUGCCAUAUUUUCCCCCUUUUUGAGAUACUUUCAGCAGAAUUUUGAUUUGAACUUUUUAAACUAUUUUACCUACUACUCGAUAUAUAUUAUCCACACAUCUAUUCUAGAAUGUUCUAUACAUUUGUAGCUCCCAAUCCAAAUAAAAGGUACAAUAAUAUUGCAAAAUAGCGGUAAAAGUAACGUAAGAUUGGCCAUAUUUAAAAUUGCCAGCUAGAGACAGUUAUCAAUUUUAAAGUAUACACUAAGUAGCUUGUUGUGUGUCUUUAGAUACUAGUCCGAUCGGUGUUUUAAAAUAGUUGCAAGAUAAUAAUAUGUAAUAUGUAUGAAUGGCUCAAAUUAUAAUGGAAUCACUAUAAAAAAAUGCACAGAUUGUAAAAUCACACUACUUAGCCUGGCCAAGUAAAGGGAAUAACUUCUGCAUAUCACUAUUUUGAAUAUUAAAAUCUAUUGAGCUUUGAAAAGACAAGUGAGUACAUCUUCAGAAGGGUGUUUUUUAAAAAAGUAUUGUGACAGUUAUUUCUGAGCCGAAACAUUGAGCCGAAUUCGAAAUUAAGUCGCGGUGGUUCUAUGUUUAACCGGCUUACUUCUCAAACGGGGAGCGCCGAUUCGAUACCUGGUGUAGUUUUCACUGACACAGUUGACUCGACCAAUAUAGACGGCGAUACGGCUCACCACAUUCAUGUUGGUCCACCAGAAAGCUGGAUGAAAUGUGGGUACUUAGUUCAUCAUGCGAUAAAUGUUCCUCUAGUCGUGAGCGUUAUAAUGUGUUUGGAAAUAUGUCAUGCUAUCAUAUUGUGUGAUGAUUUCCAAUCUUUGCCGAUAUUUUUGUAACAAAGGCAUUAAGAACAUCACUCGAUGAAGCAUAUUUCUUACACCCCAAGUGAACCUAUUAUGUGUUUCAAAGCUGGACAUAUCAGGUGUUUUCAAGAAAUUUUGGAGAGUUUUUAUAAUCAUUAUUAUUCCAAUAUAAUUUGAGCCAAAAACCCAAAUAUUUACAAUUUAUUUUCCAUAACCGAGCUUCAGAAUCGAUUUUAGGAUGAAAUGCCAAGAAAUUAAGAUAAAAAAGUUAGGAAGUUUAAGAUAUAGUUUUUAGCUGGUAGACCUCAGAAUAAAAGAGACGAGACCGAUUACAUUUAACAAUUUGGAAGUAUCGAAAGGAAUAAUCCGUAGUUAUAUCAACUUUUUUGCGAAAUGUUUUUAACUAAGUUAUUAUUAAAGUACGUGUCUGCUACUAAGCUGAUUGUUAGCUGUUUUAUCUCUCUCUAGAUAAACGAUAUAGUUUUCACAUUGAAUAUAUAAAUCUCUUCUCUUAUGUUUUUCAGCCGUAUUACCUGAGGUUUUUACCUUCCGAACCCCAACCUCACCAGCGUGGUUGACGAUUUUCCUCAUUCAGCGCUUAUCGCUAUCGGCACACUAAGAUCGUUUAAUCAUUCAAACAUACUUCUCCUCGCAGAUGACUCCGUGAGCCAAGGUUUGCGCCCACGGGGCAGCCUCAGGCCUGUCGUCUUAAUUUUUACCAAGCGAGGGACCUUAGUGAUCCCUAUUUGUAUGACCUACUUGGUCGUGUCUUUUGCGGCAAAUUUACAAUUAAUCAUGUCAAUAAAAGCAGCUUGUUAAUCAAAAUACCUAACAGUUGCACCACAGAAGCCAAUUCAAUUUCACCAACAUAUUAUACUGACAAAAAGGCAUAAAACCGUUAUUUACUGUUUCGUAUUCCUUUUGGCUUCUCGCACAUUAAAUGCAAUCGGUUUAUCUCUUUUUUUAGUCUGAGUGGUAGACAUAUUGAGCGCCUUAACUUGAUGUCAUUUACUCGACUUUUUUCGUAACACGUUGCGUCAAACUUGAAGGAACCUGUUUGGUUAAUCGUAAAGCAUGCUUAUAAUGGAUACCACGCAAUAAUUUCGUAACCGUUUGCCGUAACAGUUUUUUUACUAGCUCACAGGACUAACCUGGUAACCUUUAGGACUUGUUUCGACUUUACAGCGAAUUUAUGUCCCUUUAUGGGAGUGCCAGACAUUAAGCACAAUACUUAUUACAGAAAACUAUUAUGUAUUUAAAAAAGUUACUGAGUCUUGACAAAAUACGUAAUUUUUAGGCUUUAAUAAAACAAAGUUUUGACCCAUUUGGAAACAAAAUUCCUGACCUAAAGUUACUAAAGUGCUAGAUACGUUAUAUUUCAUAACACAAUUCAGAAUUUUAAUCAAUCAAAUUUUUCAGAUUUUUAAAAAUUCAGAAAUUUACUUAAAUAGAUCUUGUUAAUCCGAUUUAUAAACGAAAAACUUAAUAGUCCUAAAGGUUAUUUAUUUUAUUAUUUCAAAGUAAUUUUGAUUUCCGUUAUACAAAGUUGCAUAAGUUACUCUUAAUGGUAGCGUUCUUAAUUAAAAUGGCUUAGUACCAUUUAAGAAUAAGCGUUUUAAAAUAGUUUUUGGAAAUGGAAAAACAAUUUAAAAACUAUAUUUUUGACUCUCGUAUUUUGAAUGCAAAUAAUAUUUUGACCAAAUCGGUUAGCUAGAUAAAAAUCCUGAGGUGUGCUUUUUAAAUUAUUUUUGCUAUAAAAUUUUGGAUGUUAUUUUAAGUGUACCGCUAAUGCUUCAUCAGACGUAGUAUUAAGAAACAAUGGAUCUACUUUAUAAUUUUGCGAAUAAAAAACAAUCGAGGCAUAUCCUUGAAUUGUUAGGGGAGCUAAAAAUUAAAAAAUAUUGUAAGUAUAAAUGAAAGGUCAAAAUGAGAGGAAUUAUUCUAUAAAUGUACAUAAAAAUAGAAAAUAUAUACACGCGACACGCGAGGAUUGAAUUCACGAGAUUUUUUCAUAGAUAAAUAAGUUAAAAAGAAAAAUAAUUCCGAAAAUAUUUUUAUCUUCCGAUUCUACUACCUCUUUUUGCUUUUAAAAAUAUUUUAACGAAUGAAACCGUUUUUAAAAAGCAAAAAUAAUUUUAAAAUAUUCUUUUACGGUGAAAUUAAAAGAAAAUAUAUAUUUUAUCAAAUCAAAGCAAAAGCACGUCUUCAAAUAAAUAUAUUAAAAAUUAUGGUAUGAUUUUUUUUUAUUUUCACCGUAAAUAACACUUACAAUAAUUUUAAGACGCGUUUUAAUUUGUAAUAUUUCAUAGAUUAACAAAAAUAAGUUUUUUAAACCGAAUUAUUGUGAUGAAUGACACUAGAACAUAUCAAAUUUUAGUUUCAAAAUGACUUCAAGGAAGAUAUAUUUUCAUGAAAAAAUAUUCAUAACUAAAAAAAUAUAUUUUUCGCAGCAUACAUAAACGAAAAUUAUUUUUAACUAAACAAUUUUGAUCAAAAUUAGCAGAUUUUACUAUAAACCUAAGCUUUUAAACUCUCAUCGCAAGGAACAAUAUACUAUAAAUAAUGUAAACUAUAUUCUAUUAUAUUAUUAUAUUUCUUUUUAGUAAGUUAAUGUUGCUUUUUGCUUAAUUUAAGUUAAUUAUUGUAUAGUUAAUCGUAAUUUCAACUUGGUAGAAUAAGGAAAAGCUUUAUGAUAUAUAUUUUUAAAUAAGCAAAUCCCACAUUGUAUCAAACCAUUAUUUUUUGGGAAUAUUUUGGGCUUAAGGCACGUAAAAAAACAUUCUUGGAUAUCAUGUUUUCCAUUUUUUCUUUUUUAAUAAAUUAAGUAACUUCAAAUGAUGAUAACUAUCGACUAUUUGUUAUUUUUUUGUAAAAUGAUCGAUUAAAAACUUUAUAUCAAAAUAUAGGUACUUACUUAUCUUAGAAGUCAGGCCCAAAAUGUUGUCAAAAUUAGCUUCUUAGCCGCCAUUGUUUUAACAGCUUGAAAAAUCGGCUCAAAAACGCAUAUAAUAAGCGUUCGGUGUCUAUUUUGUGCAAUAUUAAAAAUGUAUUAAAUGUUACGAUUAGGAAAAUUGUGAUUUUAACAAUAUAGUUGAUUAUAUUUUAUCGUAUAGGUUUAAAGGAAUGAUAACGUUCUAAGUAUAAAACUUUAUGUGAUGAAAUAUACGGAAAAAUAUUUUUAAAUAUGGUUUUAAUACAUCAAAUAUUACAAAAAAACAUCUCUAAAUACUUUACAAGUUGAAAAAAAAAACAAAAUAUAUCCGAUCUUCAAAAAAAUAUUUUCCAGGUGUAAUAAUAUUUUUUCGUGUAAAUCAUCACAUUGUAUUAUGUAAUAUCAUUAUGAUACUGUAAGUAAUCAAUGUUAGUUAUACGUAGAUGAGAAGUUGCAAACGUAUAUUUAUAGACUAUUUCGUUUAAAAAUAAAACUCACGUUUUUAUCUGUCAGAAAAUUAAAAUGGCGUAGAAAAAAAUAUUGUUUAGAAAAUUUUAUGCGUGUCUAAGAGAUUUUUAACGUAUCGCGUAUCAAAUGUUUUGGUACCAUUUAACAUUUUGCGAAUCAGACGUUCUGCGACUAAAUAUGGAUCAAAAAUAUUAUAAUAUUGACUUAUGUGUAUAAUACUGAAUAUUAAUAACACAACUAAUAACAUUUUUUUCUGACAGAUAAAGAAUGUAUACAGGCAAUGUCACUUUUCUUUUUUUAAUUGAAUUUACGUAGUCUAAAAUGUGACCUGGCUCACACAGGUCCUUAUAAGUAAUAAACUCUUGAAUAUUAUUUGUCUUUCUCACACUAACUGAAGGAAUGACGACUAGGACAGACAAAAUGAGUUUAUCUGUAAGGACUUAUAGUAUAAUCGUUUCACGAAUUAUUUAAUAUGAAUUAGUUUUAGCUGUAUGUUUGUAAAAUGUUAAUGAUCGUAAUAUAAUAUAUAUUGUGUAUUUAUUAUAUGAGAUUCAUUAUUCCUGAAUAAAAGUAUUGAGUUAA